GCGGAGGGAAAGAGGAGAACCCGUCCCCUGGAUGUCUGAAGUAUGCGGGGCUCGUCCUCUCAGACCUUACGUCAGCCGGGACUCUUAACUCAGACUGCGGUGCACGGAGAUGUCGGCGAUGGGACGAGGAUGCAGCACACCUGCGGCCGGCGGCGCGUGGAUGCUUUAAAACAGGACUAAUUCUGGAUUCAAUGCAUUUGCUGAUCCUCACCAGUGAUGAGUUGGCUCCUGUUGUGGAUUCUCACUGCAGCCGGGAUUCAACAGGCCUACUCCCAGAAUUCCACGGCCAUGCCGCCUGCCGUCACCUCGGCAGCUGUGGACACGUACAACCGCACGCAGUACUGCAAGUGGCCCUGCGAGUGCCCCAAGGCCCCCCCCACCUGUCCGCUGGGCGUGAGCCUCCUCAUGGACGGCUGUGACUGCUGCAAGGCCUGCGCCCGGCAGGUGGGGGAGGUGUGCAACGAGGCGGACACAUGCGACUACCACAAGGGACUGUACUGUGACUACAGCUCGGACCAGCCUAGGUACGAAAAAGGAGUGUGUGCAUAUAUGGUGGGAACAGGCUGUGAGCAUGAUGGCGUGAUCUACCGUAACGGGCAGAACUUCAGGCCCAGCUGUAAAUACCAGUGUGUGUGUGUGAACGGGGCCAUCGGCUGUGUGGGGCUGUGCACGGAGUCCCAGCCUCCGAGGGUCUGGUGCCAAACCCCACGGCGGGUUAAAGUUCGGGGGGAAUGCUGUGAGCGGUGGAUUUGUGAUGAACCCAAAAGAGGACGCAAGACGGCACUGCGACACGCAAUAGAGGCUGCCCCAGCUGAGACCAGGAGCUGGCACAAGAACUGCAUUACCCAGACUACCUCAUGGAGCCCCUGCUCUAAGUCGUGCGACCGCGGCCUGUCCCUGAGGGUCUCUAACGCUAACGAGCAGUGUGAGCUGGUCAAAGAGUCUCGCCUUUGCAACCUGCGGCCCUGUGCGGUCGACAUCACCAAACACAUCAAGCCGGGGAAGAAAUGUCUGAACAUCUACAGGGAAGAGCUGCCCUCCAACCUCACUAUCUCCGGCUGCACCAGCAGGAAGCUGUACAGACCCAAAUACUGCGGCGUCUGCACAGACGUGCGUUGCUGCAUCCCCUACAAGUCCAAAACCAUCGAGGUGGAGUUCGAGUGUCCUAACGGGACGGGAUUCACCUGGAAGAUGCUGUGGAUUCAGGCCUGCUUCUGCAACCUCAGCUGCAAAAACCCCAACGACAUCUUCGCCGAGCUGGAGAGUUACUACGGUCAGCCAGAAGUCAUGAACUAACAGCGCUCCCUGCCUCUCUCAAUUUUUCUGGCUUCUUUUUCUUAUGCAGUGUUUUUGUAUUCGGAUGGAUUAUGUGCACGGGAUUUUCUUAAGGUUUUUCUUUUUUCCUAUUGGAAAAAUCUGUAAAUAUGAAAUAUAUAUACCUGUCUCUAGAUUGGAUUCAUAAAGCAUAAGGGGCUAUGGAAGAAUAUUUGAAGAAGUGCUUCGCAAAUGAAAACAUUCAGACAGUGGAUGUGUGAAAUAUUGAAUGCUUAAUUUAUUUAUGUUGCUUUUUGCAUAUGCCAUAACAUAUGCUAUGUUCUUGAGAUGCUUUCACGAGCAGUACACAUUGUCUGUCUUAAAACUCACAUGUACACUUAGAUAAUAAGGCGUAACUGUAUAUAUAUAUUCUUUUAUAUUUCAAGAAAUGUACGAUAUAAUACUUGUUUAAAAGACAGAUAUGGACUGAUAUGCCAAAGAUAAAGCCAAUGCAACAAUGAAAAGAUCAGGGAAGUUCAGUUACAAGUUUUUUAUUGUAAUUUUUUUAAUAAAUACAAACUGUUAUGUGAUUUGAAUGCUUCUCUACAGCAUUAGACAGUUGUGCAUUGCAUCUUUACAAAGCUGUGUUUGUGUUCUACAAAGCAAAAUGUAGCUGUAGUGCGAGUAAAAUACAGGAGUAGAAGGUGUCAGGUAAGAUCUAUGGUUAUCCUCAUGUUAACAUGUGGACCUAUCACUUCACUCACCCAAAAAUCAACAACCACAUAGGAGCAUCACGUCUAAAAAAAAUAACAAAUCCAUGGCACAUCUUUGUUUCAUUGUGCUUGAUUGCAUAGAAAUCAUCAUAAAAAACUAAAAUAACCUUGUUGUCUUAAGCCAUGAUCCAUUAA